AAAUGCUGUUUACCACACCCAAAAGGGAAUACACAAGCAGAUCCUUUCGAGUUACAACAACAAAUUUGAAGCAAUAAGUUCCAUUUCUUAGAGAAAAUUGUUUGAUGUUUAAUAACUCCCAUUAUUAUAACAACCCUGUUGUGAAGAUGAAAACAAUGUUGUGUGGAAGACAUAAAAACAUUAUAGAAACGUUUGAUUUGUAAACUGAUGUGGAAAUAGUUUUUAAAUUCAAUUUAUUACAAAUCUCUUUUAUAUAUAUUAAAACUAGUACCAAUGGAAGAGGUGCAGAGGCAUAGUGUUCAUACACUUAUAUUUCGUUCUUUAAAAAGAACACAUGACAUGUUUGUGUCAAACCAAGGCGCACUGCCGGAGAUUGAUGAAAAAUUAGAAAAAGUACGUAAGUCUAUAAAAGCAAAGGAUUGUUAUCAACUUGUAUUCGAUAGAGUUCUGAAAGCAAAUGAAGCUAAGCACAAUUCAUCAGCUUCAAGCGUAAGUAAUGCCAUAGAAGCACCAGCUACGCCUCUCGGUAUAACCGAUGGCAACAGUAAGACUGCAAACGACAAAAAUAACUUAGCAUUAGUUCCCUCUGGUGAUAAAAAGCCUACAAUGGAAACAACAGUGAAUAACUCAUUAGUAUCUGCACCUGGUAUGCGUACUGGUAGUGGAACCAGCAAUACACAGAUUAUACCCAAGAAAGCACCAACAAUACCAAAGCCUGCCUGGCAUCCACCAUGGAAACUUGCACGUGUUAUUUCUGGACAUCUUGGUUGGGUGCGCUGUAUAGCCGUAGAACCUGGUAAUGAAUGGUUCGCUACUGGUGCCGGUGAUCGAGUUAUUAAAAUAUGGGAUUUAGCAACUGGUAAACUUAAGCUCUCUCUAACUGGUCAUGUAAGCACAGUGCGUGGUUUAGAGGUGAGCGCUAAGCACCCUUACUUAUUCAGUUGUGGUGAAGAUAGGCAAGUUAAAUGCUGGGACUUAGAAUACAACAAAGUAAUACGACAUUAUCAUGGUCAUUUAUCAGCUGUUUACUCUUUGUCAUUACAUCCUACUAUUGAUGUACUCGCAACAUCGGGACGUGAUUCAACAGCACGCAUAUGGGAUAUGCGAACUAAAGCUAACAUACAUACUUUAACUGGACAUACAAAUACCGUAGCCAGUGUAGUUGCACAAGCUGCAAAUCCACAAAUUAUCACCGGUUCACACGAUUCAACAGUUCGUUUAUGGGAUUUGGCAGCUGGCAAAAGUGUUUGUACAUUAACAAAUCAUAAGAAAUCUGUAAGAAGUAUUGUGCUGCAUCCUUCACUGUACAUGUUUGCAUCUGCCUCACCUGAUAAUAUUAAACAAUGGCGUUGUCCGGAAGGAAAUUUCGUGCAGAAUAUAUCUGGACAUAAUGCAAUUGUUAAUUGUAUGGCUGUCAAUCCAGAUGGAGUUUUAGUUUCUGGUGGUGACAACGGUACUAUGUUCUUUUGGGAUUGGCGUACUGGUUAUAAUUUUCAACGUUUUCAAGCACCGGUACAACCUGGCUCAAUGGACAGUGAAGCAGGCAUAUUUUCUAUGAGUUUCGAUCACUCAGGAUCAAGAUUAAUUACUGGCGAAGCUGAUAAAACUAUUAAAAUUUAUAAAGAAGAUGAUGAAGCUAGUGAAGAAACACAUCCUGUUAAUUGGCGACCAGAAAUACUUAAACGUAGAAAAUUCUAAACUUUAUUGAUAUUGUGUGUAUACAUUGUAUACAAUUUUUUACUGUUUAAAUGUAAAUCUUUUGAGUUGUAAAAUUUACUAAGACAAAAAUAUUUUAACUUUAAAUAAAUCAAAUAUUUU